GUGAGAUGUGAUACGGUUCACAAAUCAGAUUCUGAGUCUCACCCAGAGAUAUUUCAUAUUUUAUUAGUCGGUUGCCUUUGGAAAGAAAAUUAAAAUUUCGUUGGAAGAAGGUCCAACGGUGCCGUUUGUUAAUGGGAGAAUUGCAGGGCCCCCUGUAGGUCCAAACUGACCAAUCGUUUUACCCUACUAUUUUUGUAGAACUCAUAAUAAGGGCAAAAGGCAUAAUAAAAUCAAUUCAAAGGCUCUGCUUGUGAAUUCAAUCUGGCAAUGGCUGCGUUAAGCUCAGCGGUGGGAAGCAGCGUCCCUCAAAUCGGUCCGUGGUGGAGUUCUAAACAGAGCAAAAGGCGGGUUAAUAAUUCGGUCCUCUCUCUGCCUCGUCGUUCCCCUAUUCCCACCUCUUUGACCCGACUCCAUAGCAACCAUCUCUCUAUAUUUCCUCAUACCAGGACCAGGUGCAGGUACCCGCACGAGCUUGGUAAUGGCAAUUCAGGGUUUCACAGAAAGAACAAUAAUGCUUGCAAACGGUAUGCUUCCAUGCUUCGUGAACCAGGGAGUGAAGCACCUUUUUCUGCACAGAGUCCCUGCUUUUCUUGUUCUCUCAACCGCAGAUUAACGCGUCCCACUCUCAGAAGAUCCAUACCAAGGGCCUUUCUUGAUAAAUCUACUUUUCAUAUAUCCAAGCGUGGUAUUGGCAAUACUUCUGCGAAGCAUGACCAUGUUCCACGAGCAACUGUUGGUCCAGAUGAGCCACAUGCAGCUAAUACAGCCUGGCCAGAUGUUCUUGAGAAACAAGAUUUAGAUAUAUCUUAUCCUGAAAUAGAACAAGCAGAAUUAGAGGGGUUCUUAAGUUCUGAACUUCCGUCUCACCCAAAGUUGUAUCGAGGACAACUGAAAAAUGGACUGCGUUAUAUUAUUUUGCCAAAUAAAGUACCGCCAAGUAGGUUUGAAGCACACAUGGAAGUUCAUGUUGGAUCAAUUGAUGAGGAAGAUGAUGAGCAGGGAAUUGCCCAUAUGAUUGAACAUGUUGCUUUCCUUGGAAGUAAGAAACGCGAGAAACUUCUUGGGACAGGAGCCCGAUCUAAUGCUUACACUGAUUUCCACCAUACAGUGUUCCACAUUCAUUCACCAAUUAGCACAAAGGACUCUGAUGGAGAUCUGCUUCCAUCUGUACUGGAUGCGCUGAAUGAGAUAGCGUUCCACCCAAAAUUUCUUGCUUCUCGAGUUGAAAAGGAACGGCGUGCUAUACUUUCGGAAUUACAAAUGAUGAAUACAAUAGAGUAUCGUGUUGAUUGCCAGUUGUUACAACAUCUGCAUUCUGAAAAUAAGCUGAGCAAAAGGUUUCCAAUUGGAUUAGAAGAGCAGAUUAAGAAGUGGGAUGCAGAUAAAAUAAGAAAAUUUCAUGAGCGUUGGUAUUUCCCUGCAAAUGCAACCUUAUACAUAGUGGGGGAUAUUGAUAACAUCUCAAAGACUGUACACCAGAUCGAAGCUGUCUUUGGGCAGACUGGCAUAGAAAAUGAGGCAGUUUCUGCAUCUAGUCCUAGCGCGUUUGGUGCAAUGGCUAGUUUUCUUGUUCCUAAGCUCUCAGCUGGGUUUGCUGGAAGUUUAUCAAAUGAAAAAUCAUCUAAUUCUUUAGAUCAAUCUAAAAUCUUAAAGAAAGAGAGGCAUGCAGUUCGUCCCCCAGUGAAGCAUAAUUGGUCACUCCCUGGAAGCAGCACAGAUGUGAAGCUUCCACAGAUAUUCCAGCAUGAGCUGCUUCAAAACUUUUCAGUUAAUAUGUUCUGCAAGAUUCCAGUGAACAAGGUUGGAACAUAUGGUGACUUGCGAAAUGUUUUGAUGAAGAGAAUAUUUCUUUCUGCCUUGCAUUUCCGGAUUAAUACAAGAUACAAGAGUUCAAAUCCACCAUUCACUUCAGUUGAAUUGGAUCAUAGCGAUUCCGGUAGGGAAGGAUGCACUGUCACUACUCUUACAGUAACUGCAGAGCCAAAGAAUUGGCAAAGUGCAAUUAAAGUUGCUGUCCAAGAGGUUCGAAGGCUAAAAGAGUUUGGUGUCACCAAGGGUGAAUUAACACGCUAUAUGGAUGCACUGUUAAAAGAUAGUGAACACCUAGCAGCUAUGAUAGAUAAUGUGUCAUCCGUGGAUAAUUUGGAUUUUAUUAUGGAGAGUGAUGCACUAGGACAUACAGUGAUGGAUCAGAGACAAGGACAUGAGAGCUUGGUUGCUGUUGCUGGAACAGUUACUCUUGAAGAGGUCAAUGCCAUUGGUGCCGGAGUAUUAGAGUAUAUUGCUGAUUUUGGAAAAGCCACUGCACCUCUUCCUGCAGCGAUUCUUGCAUGUGUUCCAAAGAAAGUGCAUGUUGAUGGGAUAGGUGAAACUGAGUUUAAGAUAUCCCCAACUGAGAUUACAGAUGCUAUGAAAGCUGGAUUACAGGAACCCAUCGAGGCUGAACCUGAGCUUGAGGUGCCAAAAGAAUUGAUAUCUUCGUCACAGUUACAGGAGUUAAGGCUGCAAUGCAAACCAUCCUUUAUUCCUUUAAGUGCAGAAACAAAUGUUACAAAAGUGCAUGACAAGGAAACAGGGAUCACUCAAUCCCGUCUUUCAAAUGGAAUUCCCAUAAAUUACAAGAUUUCAAAUACUGAAGCUCAGGGAGGUGUUAUGAGGCUUAUAGUUGGUGGGGGACGAGCAGCUGAAAGCUCUGAGUCAAAAGGAGCUGUUGUUGUGGGUGUUCGAACUCUUAGUGAGGGAGGUCGUGUUGGCAACUUUUCAAGAGAGCAGGUAGAACUUUUCUGUGUGAAUCAUCUGAUAAAUUGCUCUUUGGAGUCUACAGAGGAGUUUAUUUCUAUGGAGUUCCGUUUUACAUUAAGAGAUAAUGGGAUGCGUGCAGCUUUCCAGUUACUUCAUAUGGUACUGGAGCAUAGUGUCUGGCUUGAUGAUGCAUUUGAUAGAGCAAGACAGUUAUACUUGUCAUAUUACCGGUCCAUUCCAAAAAGCUUGGAGCGCUCAACUGCUCACAAACUCAUGUUAGCUAUGCUGGAUGGAGAUGAGCGUUUUGUUGAGCCUACACCAAAGUCGCUACAAAAUUUGACAUUGCAAUCCGUGAAAAAUGCAGUGAUGAAUCAGUUUGUUGGCAGAAACAUGGAGGUCAGUAUUGUUGGGGACUUCUCGGAGGAAGAGAUUGAGUCUUGUAUUCUUGAUUACCUUGGCACAGUUAGAGCUACAAGAGAUUCUGAGAGGGAACAUGAAUCCAGCCCAAUCUUCUUUGGACCAUCUCCAUCUGAUUUGCAGUUUCAACAAGUAUUCUUGAAGGACACCGAUGAAAGAGCAUGUGCAUAUAUUGCAGGCCCGGCACCCAACCGCUGGGGUCUUACAGUUGAUGGCAAAGACCUGCUAAAGUCGAUUAGUAAUAUUUCAAUGAUUGAGGGUGCACAGUCAACAUCUGAAGAACUGCACAUGGAGGGGAAGGAUCUGCAAAGAAAACUUCGUGGUCAUCCACUUUUCUUUGGCAUCACUAUGGGGCUGCUGGCUGAGAUCAUAAAUUCUAGGCUUUUUACUACGGUCAGGGAUUCUCUUGGGCUGACGUAUGAUGUAUCAUUCGAAUUGAACCUGUUUGAUAGGCUUAAACUUGGAUGGUAUGUAAUAUCAGUUACAUCAACUCCAGGCAAGGUUCAUAAAGCUGUUGAGGCAUGCAAGAACGUUCUCAGAGGUUUGCAUGGCAACAAGAUUACCCAGAGGGAGUUGGAUAGGGCGAAACGGACCCUUCUCAUGAGACAUGAAGCUGAAAUUAAGUCAAAUGCCUAUUGGCUUGGAUUGUUAGCCCACUUGCAAGCUUCUUCUGUUCCAAGGAAGGACAUAUCAUGCAUUAAGGAUCUCACAUCACUAUAUGAAGCUGCCAGCAUCGAGGACAUAUACCUUGCCUAUGAUCAGUUGAAAGUAGAUGAGAAUUCUUUAUAUUCAUGCAUUGGAGUUGCUGGGGCUCAGGCUGGUGACGAAAUUACAGGUGAGGAUGAAUCAGAUGAAGGCCUUCCUGGAGUUAUUCCUGUGGGACGUGGUUUAUCUACGAUGACGCGGCCUACAACAUGACCUCCCUGGAUCACGCUUUCUGCUGUCUUGCAGUGAAUAUAUAUUAACCUGGAAGGCCAGCAGACUGGAUACUCUGAUUUAUUCCGAUUACCGAAACCUGAUUAUCCACUAGCUUCUCGCCCCAACGAUAUCUUGUGACCUGAAGCAGAAGACAAGAAGAUGACUAUGAUGAGCAGUACGGAUUCCUUGUUUAAAAGUAGCGUUGUGAAGGAGCUAUGGGGUGCUAUGUUUGCUUCCUUACAUUGAGAUGCUCUGAGAAAGGUCUCAGAAACAAAAUAAGAUGAUCAUAGAAAGCAGUGCGUAAACUGUUGGCAGCAUCCUUACCUGAAUCGAAUAAGAACAGCGUUACAGCUAAAAUUGCAGCGUUGAGUAACUACCCUGAGUGCUGCAGUCUAGUCCUUCACCACAUUUUUUGAAAUAUAUUUACCUUUAGUUUAUAGUUUAUAUAUAGACAGUUUUUGUAUGCUAUAGCCUGCCUGCACCAUAUAUUUGAAUGAUUUGUUUUCUACCCUUGCAUGUGUAUAAGCUAUUAUGUACCGGAGCCUUGAUUAUUAGUUUUGAUUGCUUGUAUACGUGUUAUACAAAGAAUAUCAAUGUUGCAUCCCACCUUUUGAGUGUA